CAACUGCGAAGGAGAUCGGAUGCGCGCGCGUUUCGCUCAUUAUUGGUACUCGGAAGCUGCGACCGUGCAAGUAAAAGUCGCAAUCAAGAUCAAGUUUGGUGGCUUUUCCAUCGCGUGACGACGGUGACCCGCGAUGAAAGGGAAAACUUGUGCCUCCCUGUGGUUCGACUAUAGUGAAACGGGUAAUGCGUUCAAUUGUGAGUCUAACGAUCGAGUUUGUAUAGUUUAAACCAAAUUUGAAAAAGAUCAACGAUCGCAACCAUGAAAGCGUUGCAAUGAAACACAAACAAAAUUUCCAAAAGUGAGUUCAUCAAACAAUCAACAACUGGAUGGUAUCAACACAAUAUCGUUCGGCGUGGGAAAAGUCGGAGCAGAAUAACGAAAAUACGGUGCGCGCCGUUAAAGUAAAAGUGUGUGCAGUGGCCUUCCGAAUCAGGCGGAAACCGAAUAAUUGAAUUAAUAUCUGCAUCGCUGGAAAAUCCUCACCCGAGGAGGGAAACAGACGGAGAUAUACAAACAUUAACCGCAAACGCCUCCGCCUGUCCGAUUGAUUCGGCGCGCAAGACAGCUGCUGCCGGAAUGGGUCUAUUUAUACUUUUCGCAACGGCCGCGCUAUUUACUUUCACUGGAAACGCACACGCCGGCAACCUGGUCAAGCGCAGUUUGAAAAACACAGUUCCCUGCUUAGAGGAUGGACGAUUUUACAGAAAUCCAGAACGACCAGUGCAUAAAAUGUGGACCAACGUCGAGUGUGCCAAGUACUACCUAUGCCUCGAUGGUGAGGUGUUCGAAUUCAAGUGCUCCGUUGGGUUGCUGUUCGACGUGACCCGCCAGAUUUGCGACUUCAAACAGAACGUAGACAACUGCGAAGUUACGGCAGAGGCUCGCGUCCCUAAACCCCUUCUGGAUGCCGCUGAGUGCGAGGAACGAUCCCAACUGGGUUGUGGCGAUGGCACCUGCUUACCAAACGAGUAUUUCUGCGACGGAUCUAUCGAUUGUCCCGACGGUUCCGACGAAGGCUGGUGCGACGUCGAAAAUGAUCCUAAUGCAGCGGAUCCGUGCGAUCUGUCGGUUUGUGAGCUACCGGACUGCUUUUGCUCCAAGGAUGGCACAAUCAUUCCGUCCCGCUUGGAGAGAACGCAGACACCGCAGAUGAUCGUACUAACGUUUGAUGACGCUAUCAAUUUUGAGAAUUGGGAACUUUACACACAGAAAAUAUUUACUCCUAACCGAAAAAAUCCCAACGGAUGCCCGAUCCGAGCGACGUUUUUCAUCUCGCAUCAGUACACGAAUUAUCAACAGGUGCAGAAAAUGUGGAAUGAUGGUCAUGAGAUUGCCAUCCAUUCAAUUACUCAUCGAGGUCCAGAAGAGUGGUGGUCCCGGAACGCCACCAUCGAGGAUUGGUUCGACGAAAUGGUCGGACAGGCGAACAUCAUCAACAGGUUUUCCAAUGUGCGAAUGGAAGAACUUCGUGGGAUGCGAGUUCCGUUCCUACGGGUCGGUUGGAACCGACAGUUCCUCAUGAUGAAGGAGUUUGGCUUCGUGUACGAUUCGUCGAUGGUGGCUCCGUUCUCCAACCCGCCGCUGUGGCCGUACACGUUGGACUACAAGAUGCCACACGCCUGCAAUGGAAACAACCAGUACUGUCCGUCCAGGAGCUACCCGGGCAUUUGGGAGAUGGUGAUGAAUCAACUGGAAGCCGGAGAGUACACGUGUGGGAUGGUCGAUACUUGCCCGCCAAAUAUGAACGGAGAGGACGUGUACAAGAUGUUCGUGCACAAUUUCAAGCGGCACUACCACACGAAUCGGGCUCCGUAUGGACUGUACUUCCAUUCGACUUGGUUCCGGAAGCAGGAAUAUUUGGAAGCAUUUUUGCGCUUCCUAGACGACAUGCAGAAACAACCGGACGUGUAUUUUGUGACAAACAUCCAAGCCAUCGAGUGGAUCCGUAACCCGACGCCUCUGAACCAGCUUGGCCACUUCGACCCGUGGUACUGCCAACCGAAGCAACUGGACCCGAACGAGCUGGCGUGCAAUCUACCGCGUACCUGCAAGCUGCACAGUCGAGUUCUGCAGCAGGACCGCUAUUUGUUCACCUGCAACGAAUGCCCCGCCCAGUAUCCGUGGAUAAGAAACGAGUUCGGGUUGGACUGAACCGGCGCUUGACAUGGCUAGGGGAAGCCAUCAUCUUGGAACGACUGCAGCAGUAUUGUUAAUUAUGCUUAAUUUAACACGCAUCACCGAUUAGACAGUAAGGAUCUCGCAUUUUGUUUUUGGCUUUCUUUCGAACACAAAUCCUAAGAAAGAUUGAUAUAAUUAAGUUUAUUGUUUUGUUAUUUUUUUUCUGUUGCAAUAUUUAAUAACGUAGAGCGUAAAUGAAAUUGUUCAUAGGAAUUAUUUUAGGUGCCAAAAAUGCAGAUGGAAAACAGCAGAAGCCGAUACAGUUCUAGUUAUAAGAAAUUCAUAAAUAAUUAUUGAGUUCAAUGAUGGAAUGAAUCCACUUUACCCUAACAAAUUUAAAUUUGCAAUUGCAUUGCGAAUGAAAAAAUAAUAAUGAAAAUUGUACAAACGUAGUCUACUGUUCGGAGCUACUUCUUUAUCUUGAAAAAUCAAAAUAAAUUAAAUCUAAAACCUUGAA